GUUUCAAAGGAGCAGACGCUUGUACAGGCAUUACACAUCCGAGCACGCUGGAUUCUGUCUCAACCUAAAACUGUGCCUUCUUCAUCAAAGCCAACAAGUUUCCACUUGAAACAUCUCCAGAAAGCAGCACAAGAGCUCCCUGGGCAUAUUUGGAUUUUCCUUAAGAGACAAGACAUUGAAAAUGUACUGUGUUCUCUCAACAUCGUCUGUGAAACAGCUUCUGAAGCAGGCAGUCUCACCUUUAACUGCUAGGUGCUAGGCAGUAAAGACAGCAGCUGUACUGGGCGAGAGGAUCCUGAGGAAGUAAUAAACUGGAAUAUGGGAGAUGGUUAUGACUUUACAUAUACAAGUGCCUGAUACAGCUUUCUUUGGAAAGGAAAAUUUCACCUGAAAGACCAAAGAUAUUCCUGGGAUUCUAGGACUUCCAAUUAUGAUGGUAAGCGAUAACAUCUCGGUCACAAACUGUACAGCUGAUGACAACUUUAAGUACACCUUGUAUGGAUGUGUAUUUAGCAUGGUGUUUGUUCUUGGCGUCAUCGCAAAUUGCGUUGCCUUGUACAUUUUCACUUGCUCCUUAAAAGUGCGGAAUGAGACCACGACAUACAUGAUCAAUCUGGCUAUUUCAGACCUCUUGUUUGUGUUUACGCUCCCUUUUCGGAUUUUCUACUUUGCAGCCCGCCACUGGCCUUUUGGCGAUAUACUGUGCAAAAUAUCUGUCACGCUGUUCUAUACAAAUAUGUAUGGCAGUAUUCUGUUCCUCACCUGUAUAAGUGUGGAUCGGUAUCUGGCUAUAGUAUACCCUUUCCGGUCCAAGACCAUCAGGACAAAAAGGAAUGCGAAAAUUGUCUGCCUGGCCGUGUGGUUUACUGUUCUUAUGGGCAGUGCCUCUUCCAGCUUUUUCCAGUCAACUAAUGCAAACAACAAAAACAAUGCUACAAAGGCUUGCUUCGAGAACUUCUCAGAGGAUACUUGGAAAACAUAUCUGUCAAAGAUUGUGAUAUUCAUUGAAAUAGUGGGAUUCUUCAUACCGCUCAUCCUUAAUGUUUUCUGUUCAACGAUGGUUUUGAAGACAUUGAAGAAACCAGUUACUUUAAGCAGAAGCAAGCUCAACAAAACUAAGGUGCUAAAAAUGAUAGUUGUCCACCUAGCCAUCUACUGCUUCUGCUUCAUCCCAUACAAUGUCAACUUAGUGCUUUAUUCUCUGAUGAGAACCCAGGUUUUUAGCAACUGCUCAGUGAAGGCUGCAGUCAGGACUAUGUACCCCAUUACAUUGUGUAUUGCAGUCUCAAACUGCUGUUUUGACCCCAUCAUCUACUACUUCACGUCUGAGACUAUUCAAAACUCCAUCAAAAAGAGGAACCGACCUAUGAGGAAGGACUCUCACUUCUCCGAAACCUUGGCUACAGAAAAUUUCAUUCAGCAUGGCUUACAAACUCUGAAAGCAAAAAUAUUUGAAAAUGAGUCUACAAUAUAAUGUCUAGAUGACUUGGAGUGAAACAAAGAGAAAAAUCCUUGUACCUGGAUUACUACAGCAGAGAACAUGGUUGCAGGAUCUAACAAGCCAAACCCUGUUAAACCUGGUUGCCUAUAACAAAGCUUUUCUCUUUUGCUAAAAUGUGGAAAAAUCUAUGGUACCCAACUACUCAUUUUCUGUAUUGUAGUGUUGUAUCAAGAAGCAUCCAGUGGGGUCUGGAUAACAUCGGAAGGCAUGGAGGAGGGGAAAUCUGGUGUGAUAUCUUAUACAACCUAUAAAAGGCAGAAGUGCUAUGUAAAACAACAUGCUGCUGUAGCUGCCUGCUGCCUCAUGUUCAUUAGAUCCAAAGAGGUGGCAGCUGGCAGUCUAAAUUUCUUUAAAACUGUAUAAUCAUGUACAUAUGUGGUUGUGCUGGCUUUACCUGAAAGUAUUUGAGAGAAAUGAAACAACUAUUUUCUUUCAAGAAAGUCUAGUUAUUGGUGCAAAUGGCGGCUACUUGCUGACAGUCUAUGGACUCUCAGCGUCUUUGUCCCUGAUUGAGUAAAGAGGUCAAAUGUUGUCUUUAUCCUUCUUACAGAAGGCAAUUCUAUUUAGUAUAUUACUGAACAUAAAUAUAGUAUUUGACUUGGCUCAUGCUCUUUAUGAACACUGUAUAUGCAAAUCUACUGCACUGAAUAGUGACUGGUGAAUGUAUUUUAAGCUGGCACUUUAACCAGAACAAAUUGCUCGGCUGAUACUUCAAUUAAACUUUCUUAA